CAAACCCACUUCUAUACUUCCCCAUCAUGUUCACCUUGACUGUUCCUGAGGGCUACGGCGCCGUCAUCGCCGUCGCGCUGGGCGCUAUUCCCGUCCUGGGGUUCGUCCACGGCAUCGUCACGGGCAGCACCAGAAAGAAGGCCCAAAUCCCCUACCCCCACACCUACGCGACCGUCGAACAAUGCAAGGCUGAUCCCAAAGCCGAGCAAUUCAACUGCGCCCAGCGCGCGCACGCCAAUUUCCUGGAGAACUCCUCCCAGACUAUGCUCUUCACCUUGGUGGCUGGGCUGAAGUACCCGCAGCUGGCGGCGGGCUUGGGCGCGGCGUGGGUGGUCUUGCGGGCGCUGUUCUUGCACGGAUACGUGUACUCGGGCAAGUCAGAGGGUAAGGGCCGGUACAGGGGGGGUCUGUUCUGGUUGGUGCAGGGGGCGUUGUGGUGGUUGACGGUCUUUGGCGUGGCGAAGGAGUUGUUCUAGGGGUGCACGGGUGAAGUUGGUGAGAGUGUGGGGAUGGGGAUGGGCUGCUGGUCCUGUGUAGUCUAAGGUCGUUAAUGUUCGUAAGGGAAUCUGUUAGGUCUGCAUCAUUUAUCUGAGCAAUUUUGUUUGUUGAACUCUGGGUGAAGACUGAACGGUAGUAGU